GACGAUGUUCGUGCGUGAAACUGGUAUUGAUGUAAAUUGUUGAUUUUAGUAAACAUUAGCUUUCAUUCGUGUUUCGAUUUUCGUUCACAGAGCAUUUCGUAUGGAAAUCCUGUUGACCAUGUAAACAGCUGACGGAUAUAUUAUUUCCUUGUGCAAGUGAUUGUGUCGAAAGAAAUUAUAGUGCUGCGUCUUUAGUUAUUUUUAUGGUACUGGAUAUGAUAGACGAAGGCUUUAGAAGAAAAAUUACGAAACCAUAAUUAUUGAAUCUUCAAAAUGCCGUCGCUCUUAGAAGCACUCGAGCGGAAGUAUGGUGCUAAGGGAGAGGUGAACCCUUCCAUUGACGACUUGCCUGUAGCUAUUUUUGUGCCUAAACGAUCUCCUAGACUGAGUGUGCCUACACUUCUAGUGCUCAACGAUUGUGAUAUAGAUUGCGCUGGAGAGGCAACCGUAUUGGCAGAUAAGUGCGCUGAUGUUGUGGAGCUUGAUCUCGCUAACAAUAAGCUCACGGACUGGGAAGAGGUAUUUGCGAUUCUUGAGCAAGCUCCCCGAGUGAGGUUUCUGAACUUAAGUUUCAAUCGGCUGUCGGCUCAAAUUCAAGCGGCCCAGGCUCUUCAUCCACGUUGGGAUAGUCUGAGUAAUCUCGUCUUGAACUCUACUUAUGUCGGAUGGCCCAGUAUACAUGGUCUGUUGAAAUCUCUUCCGACUCUUGAAGAGCUGCACUUGAGCCUCAAUGAGUAUUCGUACGUGGACCUCACUGGGAAAGAGGUAAAUGAAAAGGACCGGUGCGAGGAAUGUUCACGCUUGAGAUGUGAUCAGACUCAACCAGUUCAUCAACAGUUGAAGAAACUCCACUUCUCAGGAAACCCUGUCAGUAGCUGGAUAGAAAUUUCAAAAUUCGGAUAUGCUUUCCCUAACUUGGAGACGCUUCUAGUUAAUGACUGCAAUUUAACAACGUUAGCGCCCGAUCCCUGUGACAAAUGUGACGAUAGCAAUGGGAAUAAGAAAAGUCACGAUGGCUUCCCCCGACUUCGUUUCCUGAAUCUUAACAACACUGGACUGGCCACGUGGGAUGAAGUGGACAGGCUUGCCAAAUUUCCAGCAUUAAGAAGUUUGAGAGUGCAGGGUUGGCCCCUCUGGGAGCGUGUAGAAUCAACAGAGCACGAAAGAAGAUUACUUCUAGUAGCGAGGCUGCCUCACGUAAGAACCUUAAAUGGUGGUGGUGCUGUCCCGCCAGAGGAGAGAGAUGCGGCGGAAAGAGCCUUCAUCAGAUAUUACAUGGAGAAACCGGAGGCUGACAGACCGGAUAGAUACUGGGAGUUAGUGGGAGUUCACGGUAAGCUGGACCCGCUGGUUUCCGUUGACCUGAGACCAGAAAAGCGAGUGCAAAUUACCUUCACGUGUGGAGACACCAGCGAAGUUAGGACCGUUGAUGUUUACAGAACUGUAGCAGAUUUAAAAACGCGAUUGGAGCGUUUGGCUGGAUUCCCCGCAUCCAAGAUGAGAUUGUUUUACGUGGACCAAGAGCUGAGGGACUCACAGGGUCCGGAAGAAAUGAAAUAUCCGACGAAACAGCUAUAUUCGUACAACAUGUCUUCAGGGGACGAAAUAAUUAUAGACUCGAAAUUCAAGCACUCUAUAUCAGCUAACUCUACUGCGUGAGGCCACUUACAAAUACUUAAAUAUAGGGACAAUAUUUUUAAGCUUGAAAAAAAUCCUUUUUGUGCAAAUUUAUUACAGCCAUCUGUUGAUUCUCAACUUUCUAUAUUGUUUCCGAAAACAUCUGUAUUUUUUAUUACUUAUCUGCACUGCUUUGUACUUUUUGUACUGAUUUUAAAAUAUCGUGCCAAGAUUUUUUUAAUAAUCUGUGGAAAUAUAAUUUUAUUUAAUAGCAGUGCCAAAAUUAAUUGUUUUCUUUAUAUUACUAAUUUAGAAAAGUAUGUAUAUAUUACGCAUUAUAAUUGGAUUGAAUUGUGAGUGAGAUAAACUGUAUCAAAUAUACAAUUACUGAAAAAUAAUUUUGCUACUGGCUAAAAUUCUAGUCUAAAUUGAAAGCCUUGAUAAUUUGUCCCAAUACAAGUCUUCAAAUUAUAGUGAUAAAAUACUAGAAUUAAAUCAUGAUAUAUAAUCAUAUAUAGUAACAAAAUUGUAGUUUACUUCGUAACAAUAUUUUUUUGUCACAAAUGAGUUGUAAGUUUUCGUUACAAGCUUAGCUUGAUUUUUGAAGCACAAUUAUUUUUAUUUUAAGAUAUACAAUUCGCUCCUAAUGAAAUUCUAAUAUGCCGGUACAUUUUACACAAAGGGCAGAUUGUAUUAUGCCUCUUUAAUUUUCGCAAUGAAGUAUCUGUGAUAAUAAUUAUAAUUAAAAAUUACCUACUUAAAUUGACCAUCAAGUUUAGGACACCAAAUUUUAAAUUGUCUGGCUUUUCAUGUGAAAUGCUAAUGGCAUUUAUGUGUAUACGCUUAUCAAGUGAUACUAACUGCCAUUUUCAACAUAAUAUAUGACCAUAGUACAUAUACGUACAUUCUAAUAUAAAAGUGGUUACCGUUUUGAAUGCAUGAAUGUUUUAUACUGUUUUUAAUCUGUACUUGCCUUGUUUUCUAAUACCUUCCAAUUAGCUUUAGCCUGUACCUGCCACAUGAAAUUAGUUGAAGGCAGUAUUAUUUGACACGACCCGUGUUUAUGGAAUAAUGUUUUUUCUUUGUAGUGUUAGGACAUGAAACACUAGAUGAAAUAAAGUAAAAAGAAAAUAUAAAA